AUGCCUGAGAAGAUUCCAGCAAUCUUCCAAGCUUCGCAUCAUUCAGUAAGCGCUUCCUAUGGGGUUGUUUGCAAGAUUACUAGGGGAAGCACGUUACAAAUUUGGGACCACGCUAUCAGCUGGCGUGAGACAAAUCUCUACCUCUCCUCAGAUCUCUGUUCUCUGCCACCAUUUGUUAGAAAUUCGUUGCUCGGACUUAUGAAGCUCACGAGUCAAUUGACACUUCACCAUGCGGAUGUUAUUCUACCUUGCGCCGACUUCUUCAACCCUGGGUGGGAAAUAGAAAUAGGGUCGCAUCAAGGCAAACUAGAAAACCGAAAUAUUUUCAAACGCAAAAUCGAUCCUGUCGUUAAUGGUAUCCCUCCCGCGGAUAUCUCGAAAUUCAGUCCAAUCAAGGAGACAACCUCGCCACUACCAACAGUCACAAUGCUUUCUCAUGUCUGGUAUGCGAAAGACAUUAAGACAGCUAUUCUAGCUGCUGAUAUCAUUGUCAAUGUGUGGGGAUUCAAAGACUAUCGCCUCGAUAUUUACGGCGCAAUCGAUAAAGCACCGCAAUACUCAACAGAUUGUUUCGAGAUAUUAGCAUCCAAAUCACUCCCUGGAUAUGUCAAUUUGUGUGGAACUGCAAGUCCAACUGAAGUGCUAAAGAAGACUUGGGUCUUCCUCAAUUCCUCUAUCUCCGAAGGUCUUCCUUUGGCACUCGGAGAAGCUGCACUGACUGGUGCGCCUGUCGUGUGUACAGAUGUUGGAGCUUCGCUUCGAGUACUCACAGAUUUCAAUACUGGUGACUGUUUCAGCGCAGUGGUAGCUCCCAAUGAUGCGCAAAGUCUUGCAAGAGCACAGAUCAACAUGCUUGCCCUUUUAGACGAAUGGGCUCCUUAUGCAAAUGAUCCUCAAGGAUACAAACCUCCCUCUAUCAUCGAUAAACCUACUCCUGAAGAGGUCGCAAUAAUCACGAAACGAAUGUAUGAAAAGAAAAGCGAACUCCGAGCCCUCGGAAUGCGAAGUCGAGAAAUCGUUCAGAAAUCAUUUGGAGGUAAUAGAUAUCUCAGAGAGCACGAGCAAAUGCUCUGGAUUGGAAAAUCUCGUUACGAUAUGAAAUAUCCAUCGAGAAGCCAAAGGCCAGAAUUAAGACCAGCAUUGCCAUCGCUUCCGGUGGGAAGUCAUAUGUGGGGACAAGCAUCUGUGCCAUCUACACUACAAGCUCGACCUCAACGACCAUCCAUCUUCCGAGGAUCCAGUAUCUUAGCACGUUCCAUGCAGGCCUCGACGGUUGUACCAUCCCCCGGCGGCGAAAGACCUAUAUCUCUCAUGGGUUCCAGCAGUGGUAUUAAAGGCAUCCAAAACAUCAACGAUUACUUCACCGGCUAUCGACCAGGCGAUAGUAAUAUCUCCACUCCUGAUUUCCGUUUCCUGACACCUCCCGGUCUUCAUACGCCCGGAACCAGCUCUACCAGAAGCCAGUCGCCGAUGCGGAAAGGAGCAUCUGCACGUCUUACAAUGCUCUCUAGAGGCAGCACUAGUUAUGAUACUAGAUCUGAGAGCUCAUCAUUCAUGGUACCAUCUAAACAACUACCGGGAGAAGAUUCAUUUCUUCGUGAUCUAGACACGGCUCUUGAGCGCGUGUAG